GCAAGCCAAAAUCUUCAUAUUCUCUCAAUCUCCUCCGGCUUCAGAGGAGCAUCGGAAACCCUAAUGGCUCUCAAGGCCGUUCCGAUCAUCGAGAUCCCCACCAUCGACCAAGUCCCGGAGCUUCAUUCCCUCUCUGUUUCCUCCCUUUGCACAGCCAAACCGGCGAGAUUCGCCGUAAUCGGUCACCGCGGCAAUGGGAUGAACUCCAUCUCAUCGGCGAUCGUGAGGGAGAAUUCGAUCCUAUCCUUCAACUCCGCCGCCCGUUUCCCGAUCCCCUACAUCGAAUUCGAUGUUCAGGUAACCCGCGACGGCGUUCCCAUUAUUUUUCACGACGAUUUUAUUCUUUCCGGCAAUGUUGACGCCGUGUUCGAGCACCGCGUCACGGAUCUCUCCCUUGAGGAGUUCCUCUCGUACGGCUCCCAGAGGAAGCCGGAGCAGAUCCGGUCCGGGAAGCCUCUCCUCCGUCGCUCCGCCGAUGGGAUGGUCUUCGAUUGGGUGGUCGAGGCUGAUGAUCCGCUCUGCACGCUGGAGGAAGCGUUCCGUCAGGUCGAUCCCCGGUUGGGCUUCAAUAUUGAGCUCAAAUUUGAUGACAAUCUCCACUACCCCGAAGAGGAUCUAAUCAAUACACUCCAGAUUGUUCUUCGAUCGGUAUCCGUGAACGCCGGGGCGAGGCCGGUGAUCUUCUCGUCGUUUCAGCCGGAUGCCGCGCGUUUGAUUCGGCGGUUGGAGCGAAAUUACCCCGUCUUCUUCCUCACCGAUGGGGGGCUGAAGAUCCACGGAGAUGAAAGGAGGAAUUCGUUGGAGGCGGCGGUGAAGCUCUGUGUUGAGAACGGGUUGGAAGGGAUUGUGUCGGAGGUGAGGGCGGUGUUGAGGAAUCCGGCGGAAGUGGCGGGGAUCAAGGAAGCGAAUCUCCGGCUGCUGACGUAUGGAGGAUUGAACAACACGGCGGAGGUGGUUUAUAUGCAGCAGAUGAUGGGGAUUGAUGGGGUGAUUGUUGACAGGGUGAAGGAGGUGAGCGAGGCGGUUUUGAGGUUUUCAGGCGAGGAGGGUGGAGAGGGGAGGCCGAAUUUCUCGGAGGCGCAGCUCUCGUGCAUCCGGAAGCUCGUUGCUGAAUUAGUGCGGCAGUAAUUAGUAAAAAAAAAUGUGGGGGAAAUGGGAAAUUGGUUGUUUUUAUUUUAUUUUAUUUUAUUUUUUUGGGAUCUCAGCAAAUGUAGGGAUGGAUUGUUGUGUGCAAAUGAAAUAAAGA